GGGACGUUUUAGAAGGUUUGCUAUGAUUUAACAAGAUGGCGUUGCCAUCAAUAUGAGGCGUUUUUCCAAAUUUUUAAAGGUAUCGAUUCUUGCCAAAAAGUACUCAUUUAGUAAAAGUAUCGAAUACAAAGUAUCGAGUACAAAAGUAUCGGUAUCGAAAGGAAAAGUACUCGAUACCACAAAGUAUCGAUACUUUUUUCGUGUCCCUACUCGCGUGUCUUCUGUCUUGGUCUUCUGCUGUACGUACUUGGUUGGAUUUUUACCGCGUUCAAAAAUUGAAUUUACCACAGGAAGUACAAGUCUUGAAAAUUUGUGAAAAUAAGCUUGCAUUAACAUUUAAGUAACAUCAGUCACCAAAAUGUUUUGGGGACUUAUUAUGGAGCCGAACAAACGGUACACCCAAGUGGUGGAAAAGCCGUUUCACAUAUCACAGGCUGCUAUGGAUAUAUCAACUGGAGACAACGACCCCUGCCAGGUCAUGGUUGUGGUUGAUGGCAAAAACUUCCUAGUCUGUACUCUUCAGAAGAAUAAAACUAUACAAGUUCCAUUAGAUUUAUAUUUCAAAGCAGGAGAUGCAGUUGCUUUCUUAACUAAUGGGAAAUGCAAUGUCCAUUUGACUGGCUACUUGGAUCCUGAAUUUGAGGAAGAUGUCUCUGAGGAGGAGGAUGCUGAGGAAGAGGAAGAAGAGGAACAGGCCCCCACCCUGGUAGCUGCCACAAAGAGAAAACUUGAGAACAGCAAUAACAAAGAUGCUAAGAAACCUAAGAAAGAAAAAGCCGAAAAGAAAAAAGCUGCAGCAGCUAGUUCAGAUUCUGAUGAAGAUGAUGAAGACGAAGAUCAACUUCAAAAAUUCCUGGAUGGAGAAGAUAUUGACACUGAUGAGAAUGAUGAUUCAUUUAAAGUAAACACAUCUACAGAAGCAAGUGACAGUGAUGAAGAUGAUACUGAUGAAGCAGAAGGGGAAGAGGAAGAAGACGAUGAUGAAGGUGAAUCUGAAGCUGCAGAGACUACACUGGACACCAGCCAGGACGAGGCCAAACCUGAUCUCAGCAAACUCAGUAAGACGCAGCGACGCCGCCUUAUGAAGAAAUUGAAGAAACAAGGACAAGUACCACAAGUAAAUGGAGUUGACAAGGCAAAGAAAGAAAAGCCUGAGCAGAAGGCUGAAAAAAAGAAACCAGAAGCCAAGAAGGAUUCUCAGGAUGGACAAACAGAAAAAAAAGAAAAGAAGUCACUUAGUGGGGGAGUUUUCAUUGAAGAUUUGAAGGUUGGCAACGGGCCCGCUGCCAAGCCCGGCAAAGUUGUUAUGGUUCACUAUGAGGGAAGAUUGAAGCAAAACAACAAAAUGUUCGACAACUGCCUGAAAGGCCCUGGUUUCAAGUUCAAAUUGGGGGCGAAGGAGGUGAUCUCCGGUUGGGACAUUGGCAUCUCCGGCAUGAAGGUCGGCGGCAAGAGGAAGAUCGUGUGCCCGCCUGCCAUGGCGUAUGGUGCUAAAGGAUCUCCUCCAGUUAUUCCACCUAACUCUACAUUAGUCUUUGAAGUGGAACUGAAAAAUGUUAAGUGAAAUGUUAAUGUUGAAUUGUAAUAUGCCAGUGAGUGAAUAUGGGAUGGAUGUUAUGUUGUUGAUGAUUGCCAUUUGUGUGAUUUAUACUGACUUUGGGGUAGUUUUUCAAUCCCUAGAUAAAAAUGAUAUU